ACAGAUGCCUUGGCAACACUGGCAACACUCACAGCAACAGUCAGGAAGCAAGCCUCCAUCAGACAAGUCCUGGGCUAGAGUUCCUCUCCCCUAUGGAGUAUGUGGCAGCCCCAGGCCCCAGGCCAGGGGCCCCACUUCAAGUCACAGAGAACGUUGUUCCAGGGGCUGAGGACUGGCUGCCAAGAGUUUCUGGACACCCAGCCUGGGCUACCAGCUUGGAGACAGAGUAUAAAACAGAUCCAGUACUGAAUGAGAAGCAGCAGUUGCAGAUUUCCAAGGAGCUAGUUGAUCUUCAGAUUGCAACCCAUCGCCUUCGUGAACAGCAUGAAGCUGAGGUCUUUGAGUUGAAGAGGGAAGUUCUUCGACUGGAAAGUCGGGUGCUAGACCUAGAGCUGCAUGGAAAUGGUGACUGCCGGGGACAUAGAGUCCAACCUGCAGCCAAUCCAGGGCACCACCAGGUGCCACCACAAGAGCCACUGGGAGGCCAGCAGAAGCUUCAGGAAGAUCUGAAAUGGGUCCUGGAGCAUCACAGAGUCAGGCAGCAGGCACUGGAGACUCAAGUGGCAGUCCUAGGCCGGCAGUUGCAGGGAGCCCAAGAGGAAGCCAGGGUAGCUGGUCAGCGACUGGCUGCCCAAGCCAUGGUGCUGUCUACCUGUCAGGGACAGCUCCAGAAUGCAGAAGCUGAAAAUGCUCAGCUGCAGUUGCAGCUGAAGAAGUUGAAUGAGGAGUAUGCUGUCCGGCUGCAGCGUUAUGCCAAAGAGACAGUGGAGACUGCUAAUAGCACAGAUCAAGCAGCCCUUCAAGCAUUCCUGGAGGCUGCUUUGCAGGACAUUCGGACCACACACCGAAGCAGAGAGCAACAAUUGGCCCAAGCUGCCCGGACCUACCGCAAGCGCCUGGCCGAUCUGAGCCGGAGGCAGGAGUUGCUGCUAACCACAUGCAGGGCUACUUUUGCAACAGCCAUCAACCUGGAACCAUUACCCAUGCAGUGGGCCACCGAACUCAGCCACCGAAGGGAGGAUGAGUAUGGCCAACAUAGGACACUGCUACUGUACCCAGAAAAGGCACCUGGUGACACUUCCAAGGAGGGCCAGUCACAGCCUCUGGCCCUGGAUACUGCAUCCUGGGCCCAAAUCCAGCAGAAGCUACAGGACUUCUCCCAGGACACCCAGGCAGAACUAGAACGAGAGCGAGCACAGCUGAUGGUCCGGGCCACCAUGGCAGAGCAGCAGCUCUCUGAGCUACAAGAGUAUGUGGAUCAGCACUUGGGCAGAUACAAGCAGGAAAUCCAGAGACUGAGGAAGUUGGUGAAUACAGGAGAUCCACAGGGAAUAGAAACUACGGCUUCUACUAGGCCCCGGCGCCCAAGGACCCGGAGUCAUUAGCUAGCUUAUCUCCCAGAGACAGCACACACCAAACCUCUUCAUAGCCAACAUGGAACCCACUGCACACCCCAUCCCAUGGAGCAAUUCCUGGAAUAAACAAGAAUCAGAAUUGAA